ACCAUUCGGGAAUAUGUUUGGAAAUAAAUUUCAUCAACGGCCAUUAUCUGGCCGUAAUCGUAUAGAAUUCAAUAAUAAUAGUAAUAAUCGUAAUAGUGGAGGUAAUGUAACAACAAUAGCUUCUCUAUCUAGAGGUAUAAAUCAUCAAAAAAUAUCACCAUUUCAUCAUCAAUAUUCACAAUAUCAUUGUGGUGGUAGUAUGAUGAAUAAUCAAGUUUAUACAAUACCAGAAGAAGAUGAAGAACAACUUGAUCAACAAUCACAACAUGAUGUUGAUAAUCGAUUGAGUCCAUUCAAUGAUUCAUCAUCACCAUCAUCGCCACAAUCUCAACAACAACAGCAAGAACAACAACAGCAGCAACAACAACAACAACAACGUAGUCCAAAAACAUUGUCCACAUUAAGUCCAAAUCAACGUGUUCAUCAACAACAAGAUAGAAGACAAAGUAUAAGUAUAAUGAGUGGUCUAGUUGGUGGUAUAACAAAUCGAUUUCAAAAUCAACGAACAAAUAUUAUAAAUAAUGAUUUACAACAGAAAACUUCGUCGUCAUCAUUACCAUACAAAGGUCGUAAUAAUCGUUCCAAUUCUGAGCCAUUUUUAAUAUUGAAUGAUUCAAUGAUGUUUCGAAAACGAGGUAAUUCAACAAUAAAUCUUUCAGCAACAAAAAAAAUCAAUCAAUCAAUCAAUAUUUUUUGCACUUCACAAUCACAUUCCAUUUGUUUUUACGAAUGCUGUUAAUCAGCAAUUGUAAAAAAAAGAAAGAAUUCAUUUGAGGAAAAAAUUAAUAACAAAAACAAGACAAAUGCUACCACCAAAAAUGAAAUGAAAUGAAACCCAAAUCAAUCGUUCCGGACAUGUGCCUUCGUUCAAUUCUUAAACUCCAAAUAUCUCUCUCCAAUAUUCAUUUUCACAACCGCUUCCAAAUAUUCCAAAUAUUCUCAUUCCUGUUAUAAUGUUCUAAAUCUCUUCCAAAAAAAAAUCAAAAAUUUUUGCUCUUUCUCUCUCUAUAUAUAUUUGUUGUCUGUCCUCUCUAUAUCGCUAUAUGUCAAAUUUUGCUAUUUUGCUUUCUCCAUUCACCUUUUCAAUCUGUUCCAUUCGAUCAUGAUGAUGAUGAAAUUGAUGAUGAAAAUUCACCAUAUUAAAUCCUCGUUGAAUAUAUCUCUCUGUGUCUGUUUUAUCCAUUAUCAAUAUAUUUUUCAUCCAUUCCCGAUUGUUGCUUGUUGUUGUCGUUUCUAA